AUGCCACGUCCGUAUUACAGUCGUCCAAAUCGUGAUGAUCCAGAUUACUUUGAUUUUGACCUGAGGCAUUCUGUUGACCUUUAUAAACGACCCGAAGGAAAAUAUGUGCCACGUGGACCACAGAUAUGGGAGCAGAAAUUACUGCAGGAGUCAAGCUCAAAGGGUGAUGCGCCGAUAUCCGCUUAUAUGUUUACCAAAGUACUUUUUUCACAACUGUUUUAA